GAAUUUUAUAUCAGACUUUGCACAAUGUUGCACAAGCAUUAGCCUCCUCCAAAAGUGGCCUGUAAUAUUCAAUAGUUUUCUGAUAAAACUGCCAAGAAAUGUUUGCAUCCAUGCAACCACAAUUCCCUAUAUGAAUGAAAUUGGGGAUCGGACCGAAAGCUUUCAAUUUGUGUACGGAAGAGGAAAUAAUCGUACAAAUUCCAAUUAAGUAGGAAAACUAAUGUUACACUGUCUCCAAUCUAGCAGUCUUGCUGCUGGAAAUCAUGGAAAUCAGCAGAAAUCCAUUUCAACCCUGAAUGAAUCAGAAUAUGGGUACAUACAUAUACACUAUUAAGACUUGUGUUUGUAAGGAGAGCUUCCAUCAGGAAAUCACUGUCAGCUAGCUUGACCACCAGACUUGGCAAACAAACGUCAAUGGUGAUCCUUAAAAAGUGGAUAACAACAUUCACUCAAUUUGAGGAAUUUCUGAAAAUCCAAGUGCUUUGAAAUGAAAGAUAUAUAUUUUUCUCUGUUCAUAAAUCUAUGUGACCCUGUAGCAUCAUAAAAGCUGAAAUUUAUUGGAGUAGUACAAUACUACAGAAUAUUUAUUAGUAACAGAUUCUCAUAAAUCUGUGUGUGUAUGAUUCAGAAGAUUACAUUAUAAAAGUGAAACCUUACUGGAGUAUAUAUACACCACAACAACUACUGGUAAAAUGUAAACAGCUUGGAAUAUACAUUGUUACAGAGAAAUUCACAGAGGGCAAGCUUGUGCUCUGGUUUGCCAUGUCUUCCACAGACCGUCUCAGUGUUGAGGAGAAGUGCAAGAAGAGGAUCCCCCAGAGAGAUUACUCCAUCAAGGAGGUGAAGAUGGUCAAGCGCGACAGAUACCAUAAAGUUCCAGUUGUGGUCCUACGUAAAAAGUCAGGGUCCAUGUCGACAGUUGACCUGGAAUCCCUUCUCAGUGACUCUGAUGAAAGAGUGAGAGUUGAGUUCUUUACCAAUGAAAAAUCACUGAAAGAACGGCUACAGCUUUAUUUCAUCAAAAACCAAAGAUCUAGUUUACGGAUACGAAUAUUCAACCUUGUAAUCAAGCUGCUAACAUGUGCCCUCUACAUUGUAAGGGUGUCCAUGGAUGGUUUGUCCAAAUGCCAAGAAUUCCCAAAUGGUACGAUCGUGGAAACCCAGGACUGUUGGACACCGGUUGAUCCUGAUCGUUUCCAAGAAAAUCCAUCUAUCAACUGGAACAGGAUUCUGUGGGUCAAUCGGUCAAGUGGUCUAUGGAUCAUCCAGGUGACAGUUGCUGGAAUCAGCCUUGUUGAGACCAUUCUUGUCCAAUAUCUCAGCUAUAAGGGAAAUAUUUUGCAGCAAGUUUUGUCAUUGGAGUUCCUGUUAGAGUUAGUAAACACUGUACCAUUUGUUGUCACAAUUUUUUGGGAGGAGCCCCUUCGUAAUUUGUUUAUCCCUGUAUUCCUGAAUUGCUGGUUAGCCAAACUUGCUUUACAAAACAUGUUUAAUGAUUUACACCGAGUGAUGAUGAAAUCCCAAUCAGCCCUUGCUCAACAACUCAUGAUUCUGUGUGCUACUGUAUUGUGCCUUGUGUUUACCAGUGUUUGUGGUAUACAACAUCUACAGAGGGGAGGUAACCAACAAUUUGGAUUGUUUGAGUCCUGUUGGUUUUCUGUGGUCACCUUCUCUACUGUAGGCUAUGGAGAUAUAUGCCCUGACAUCUGGAUAUCUCAGUUCUUUAUGAUAUGCAUGAUUGGGGCUGCCCUUAUUGUCUUGCCCACACAGUUUGAACAGUUAGCCUUUUUCUGGAUGGAACGGCAGAAACAAGGUGGGGCCUACAGCAGCCACCGUGCCCAGACAGAGAAACAUGUUGUUGUGUGUACCACCACUCUCCAGGCUGACACCAUAAUGGACUUCCUCAAUGAAUUUUAUGCCCACCCUAAAUUACAGGAUUACUAUGUAGUGCUACUAUCACCGUGUGAGCUGGACUCCACUAUGAAGAUGUUACUACAGGUUCCUUUGUGGACCCAGAGGGUCAUAUAUAUACAAGGGUCAGCCCUCAAGGACGCUGAUCUUACCCGUUGUAGGAUGCAGGAUGCACUUGCAUGUUUUAUCCUGGCAGCCAGGAACCAGAGUGACAGAACAGCUGCUGACCAGCACACCAUACUCAGAUCCUGGGCUAUCAAGGAUUUUGCCCCAGACUGUGCUCAGUAUGUACAGAUCUUCAGACCAGAAAACAAAUUCCAUGUCAAAUUUGCAGAGCAUGUAGUGUGUGAAGAUGAGUUUAAGUAUGCCUUACUUGCCAACAACUGUUUGUGUCCAGCCACUUCCACCCUGGUCACUCUCCUGUUACAUACCUCCAGAGGCCAUGAAGGACAGACAUCAUCAGAGGAGUGGCAGAGACUAUAUGGUGGGUGUUCUGGCAAUGAGAUAUACCACAUCAAACUCCGUGACAGUAAAUUCUUCGGGGAGUAUGAGGGCAAAAGUUUUACUUAUGCUUCCUUUCAUGCCCAUCGCAGGUUUGGUGUGAGUCUGGUCGGCAUACAACAGUCUGACCUGAAGGACUCUAACAUACAGUUAAAUCCUGGUCCCAGACAUAUCAUGAAAAAGUCGGACAUCUGUUUCUACCUAAACAUCACCAAGGAGGAGAAUACCCGAACCUUCAACCUGGCCCAGUCCCAGGAGGAGGGGGGCAAGAUGGACCAGCAAAACCUGCCCACUGGUGCUAAGGAGGCGUCAAAAGUGGCUAGCAUGAUAGCUAGUGUGGGUACAGUAGCCUUGGAGCUUCAGCACACUCGGGCCAACAUUCCUAACCCGUCCGAGAUCACCCGUCCACCUGCUCCCACUCGAAAGGAUAGCAAGAAGCUCCAACUUGACCUGCCAAAGGGCCUUAACAUUGCCAGUUUACAGAAGAGGCCCAGUAUUGCACCAGUUCCAGCAGUACUGGAGGCUAACGACAUCCGUAUACAACUCAGCUCAGAUGUGGAAUCUGAGGAAGAGGAGGAUGACAUUGUGUUUGACUUGGAAAAUGACCAAGAUGCUGAGUACAUUCGAGGAUUUCCACCAAUCACUCCUUAUGUUGGCACUAGUCCUACUUUGUGUCACUUGAUGAAGGAAAAGCGCCCUCUAUGCUGUCUCCAGCUGGCUAAUGCCUGUAAACACUGUAGCUAUAAGACUACUAAGGAGUAUAACUGGAAUAACAGAGCUAUCAUCCUAGCUGCAGACUUUGCCAGUAAUGGUAUCUACAACUUUGUUGUUCCACUACGUUCUCAUGCCCGACCUAAAAGUAGCCUCAACCCUAUUGUGUUAUUGCUGGGUAAUGUACCUGACACUGCCUUCCUGGACACCAUUUGUCACUUUCCUCUCGUCUUCUGGAUGAUAGGAUCCAUUGAUUCAAUUGACAAUCUAUUACAAGCUGGAAUAAGCAUGGCUGACAAUGUGGUGAUUGUAAACAAAGAAACAUCAAACUCUGCGGAAGAAGAUACUCUGUCUGAUUGUAACACUAUAGUGGGGGUCCAGACCAUCUUCAGAUUAUUUCCAAGUGCCAAUAUUAUUACCGAGUUAUCCCAGUCAUCAAACAUGAGAUUUAUGCAAUUCAGAGCCAAUGAUACAUACUCCUAUACUUUGUCAAAAAUGGAAAAGAAGGAGAAAAGUCGUGGCUCUCAUCUCUCUUACAUGUUCAGACUGCCGUUUGCUGCAGGAAAUGUGUUCAGUGCUAGUAUGUUAGACACCUUACUAUACCAGGCAUUUGUGAAGGAGUACCUGAUUACGUUUGUGAGACUUCUCCUGGGAAUCGAUCAAGCUGUUGGCUCCGGACAUCUGUCAUGCAUGAAAAUCAAAAAAGAGGAUCUGUGGAUCCGUACUUAUGGCAGAUUGUAUCAGAAGUUCUGCUCCACCACAUGUGAAAUCCCUAUAGGGAUAUAUCGUACUCAGGUUCACCAUGACCAUUCAGGGGACGCAACCUCACCGAAUGCGUCCAUGGUAGUGCGCGAUCAGUCCGCCCUCAACUUAGCCUUUAGAAAUUCAGUUAUCCGCCGGAAGCCAAGACAGUCCUCAACCUCCUCAUCCUCUACCAUCAAUAAGAAACCAGACAAUGUAUCACUGAGUAUGAUGGGACUGGAACAUGAUGAAAAUGAUGCUCACAUGACACCAGAGCGACACGAGAUUAGUCAAAUGGUCAAGUCCCGAAUGCAGAGUCUAGGCCUGCCAAUGUCAGAUUAUGAUAGUAGGACGCGCUACAGGAGAAAAAGGGAUUGCGGAAAUGAGAAGCGCAAUAACAUUUCCUAUGUGAUUGUCAACCCUAGUUAUGACCUACGUCUUGAACUGGAUGACAUUAUCUACUUGAUCCGGCCAAGCUCCUUGUCCCCACAAGCGUCUCCCCUCAUUGAUGAGAGGAGGCUACACCAGCACAAUUCAAUGGGGAAACGGGGCGAGCCAACAGGGGCAGACACUUCCGACUUGGACAUGCGCACUUCAAACUCUGCAAAGUCAAACGGAGAAGAUAAUAGCUCUACCGCCUCAACGUCAAGGAGGGUGAGAGGUGGAAUAAUGAAGGAUUCCAAUAGCAGGAUCCCAAUCAUCUACAUGGAUGAUGACUCAGAUGAAGAUAACGAUGAUAAUUCUUCACAACCUCCACAAGAGACCAGCCCUUGUACUCCCACUGGCAAUGGACAUCCUCUAUUUCACUUAGAAAGUGUUGAUGAUAGUGUACCAGGCGAUCAAGGAAUGGAUUGUCCAGUUGAGGGUCUGAAAGGUACCGUGGUAUGACGAAUGGCCUCCCUACACUGGUCAUAUUUCCAUGUUCCCUAACAUGAUGGGUCACUGUCUUCAGAGAUCAAUGACAUCGUCACCUUGCUGGGAGGUAAAUUAACAUCCUUACCUAGGUCACAUGGCGAUGUUUUACAACAUGGAGAAGGCUUACCUUUAGCGUGUUCCAAUAUGUUAGACAUUUUCGUCUAAGCUGUUUUAUGAUGUUUUACAGAUGAAUGAUGUUGGUAACAUGUAAUUGAAUUUAAGAAACAGUUUGUGAAUGUUCCACCCACCGUAUGUACAAAAAGUACCCUCCAUGGACCAUGCGAAUUCGAAUUGUUAAAGACAAAACGUCUUACAAUUCAUAGUAUGCUUUAUCAUUUUUCCAAAAUGUUAAUGUUUAUGAAUAGAAGACAAUACUGUAUUUUACGAAGUGUAUUUGAUUUGAUAUGUCAUCGGAAAGAGGAUCCUUGCAUACUUAAUCUAUCAAUUCUACUCGCAAAUUACAGUUACAUGGAAAAUGGUUACGUUUUGACGACAUUUAUCCUCGAAGAUGUUCAGUGAUUGACGUGUUUGCGUAUAAAGCUUUGCCAAGAUCACAGAUCCGAUACGCCAAUUUUAUCCUGUCACGGCCCUAUCAUUCCUAUGUCGAGACUUGUCUUGUCCUUGACCAUACUGUUCCUGUUUCAGUAGUAGGUACUUCGUGAAGAGACUUUAAUUUUGAACUGUAACCACUAAAGAGAUGGUUACAUUAUAAGUAGAAAAGACAAUAGCUCACAUUUGUAGAGCUUUUUACCUAUGUAAUAGCCACAAUAAAUAGUCGCGGACUAUUUGACAGUCCUUAAGUAUAUAUGACAUGUAGAAUGGUUAUCGUUUUUGCUUCAAAAGCAAGUUAGUUAUAUGAUUGAAUACUUGACAGAAUGUUUUGAUAUUAUGCUAAUGAUUUAAUUAAUGAAAAUAGUAUUACAUUGUUUCAUAUUUGUUUUACCGACAGUUGUGAAGAUAUUGUAGAAGCUAAUAUAUAUUGUUUGAAUAUGAUUCGACAUGUUAGUACUAGCUUUUUUUAAUUAAAAAGAAAAAAUAGUAAAUGCUAAUAUUGGACUUUUAAAGAUUAUAUAAAUUAUCUUCGAGUUGGACUGUUAUAGAUUAUACAAAUUAUCUUCGAGUUGAACUGUUAUAGAUCAUACAAAUUAUCUUCGAAUUGGGAUGUUAUAGAUUACACAAAUUAUCUUCGAAUUGGACUGUUAUAGAUUAUACAAAUUAUCUUCAAGUUAGACUGUUUGAUAGAUUUUACAAAUUAUCUUCGAAUUGGACUGUUAUAGCUUAUACAAAUUAUCUUCGAGUAAUGUUUACAUCUAGUCAAUUAAAAACAUCUUUUUAAGUGCACGUACUACAUGUAUAUGCUUUGAUGUGGCAACGCUUCAACAUUGGUAAACACAUGGAGUGAUCCUAUCAUGAAUUGCUUCAAGUAAUGUAUCACAAUUUGUGUAGGCAAUGUCUUUUAAAGACAUGCAAUUUAAAACAGUCCUUCAAAUCUGAUCGUGAUCAGUGACAUUACUCGACUGUGUUUGGUUGUGAUAAUACCUUCUGAAUUAAAGGUAUUGUGAACAGUAAAUGGAAUAUUGAUUGUGAUGGGUUGUUGACACAGCAAUCUAACCGGAGAAUUUUACCUGAUGUGUUUGUUUUUAUAAUUAAUUUGUAUUUACUACAAUCAGCCUCUAUUUUCUAAUGGGCUUUGCGAUGUACAACAAUGGAGAACAUUGAUAUUGUAAUUUAAUGGACUGUUUAGCUGUCGUUUGGUCUUUUCUAUAUGUUGAAAUACCAUACACAAUUAUGUUUUUUUUAAUUAUCUUGUUAAGAGGAAAUGUGUUAAUGCCAAAAUGUUAAAAAAAAUAUGUUAGCAUGUAUUUGAAAUAAGUUUAUCAGCAGAGAUGUUCCGAAAGGAAGUUUGUAUCGUGAAUCACAUGUUAAUAUGUACUUGUAAAAAUUAUCAGAAUUUUUAAUGUAUAUGAUCGAUGAUUAGUUAGACUUUACAACACUGAUUAUACUUCCAUACCUCCUGCCUUUCUUCAAUUCCAGAACUGAAUGUAAAAUGUACUGUGAAGGAUUUUAUACAGCAUUUAAGUUAUUUCUUUAAAAGGGAUGUAUUCCUCAAAACAUAAGAGUUAUACUCUAUUAUCACUUUGUUCUGAACUCAAGUAUAUCUACAGUAAUUAAUAAAAUCCCUCUGAGUAUUUCCCUGUGAUAUUUGUAUCAUAGGUUCAUGAAGUCUCCUGGGCUGAUAACGUAAAUAACCAACUAAACAAAAAUAAUACUGCUCAUUGAUCUUUUGUUAGUUUUACUAGUAAGACAAUGGUUUCCUUGUAUUAUGUAUAUCAUGUAUAUGAUAGUUUAAGUAAUCUAGUCAUGUUUUUUUCUUGGAAUUGGUGUUCAUUAUUCAUCAUGCAAAUAUAUUUGUAUGGUGGAAUUAGCUUUAUGUUUUUUGUUACUUGUUUUGUUACAUAUUUAUUUUCUUUUAUCGUGCUCGGUUUAUGUAGUGAUUAAUAUGAGUGAAUUAUCGGUAUUUAUUGGCCUUUUGCCGUUUUAUUUUUAUUCAGAUUUUUUACUGUGUUCUUGUGUUGGAAUGUUUAUUAUACUUUGAUUAGUGUUAUUUGAAGAUAUACUUAGGUUACAUAUAUUGUACAUAGGUGUAGACAAAGGGUUGGCAAUCAAUUCGAUCUCUGAAAUUGUGUUAAGAAAGAGAAGCUAAAACAACGGUUGGCAAGGAAUUUGACCUCAAAACAGAAUCAUGAUGACAAAAACAUACAUUAAAAUAGUGGUUAACACGGGAUUCGACUUCUGAAGAAAAUCAUAACCGGUUGAAACAAUUAUUUUCAAAGAAUAAGAACUUUACAUAAUCAUGAUAUCAAUAUUUAUAGAGUAGGCCUAAUGAUACAAAGAAAUAAGGCGAUAUAUUGGUUAAGAUAUAUACAAUAUACGGAGACAUGAUGUGACGGCAUGAUAAACAAAUAUAUACACCAAUAUACUGAGAUAUGUACAAAAACAUACAGAGAUAUAUACACCAAUAUACCGACAUUUACACAAACAUACCGAGAUAUGAACACCAAUAUACCGAGAUAUGUACACCAACAUACCGAGAUAUGUACACCAAUAUACUGAGAAAUGUACAACAACAUACCGAGAUAUGUACACCAAUGUACUGAUAAAUGUACACCAAUGUACUGAGAUAUGUACACCAAUGUACCGAGAUAUGUACACCAACAUACCGAGAUAUGUACACCAACAUACUGAGAUAUGUACACCAAUAUACCGAUAUCUACACAAACAUUCACACAUUUAUUAUCAAAAUGCACACAUUUUUACAUAUUCACAUAUUUGUACACAAACAUACUCGCAUUUGUAUACAAAGAAAUCACUCCACAGAUUGGUAUAAAUAUAAUCUGGUAAAUAUAUGUCAUAGUCUUGUUAUUAUCUUACUUGAUUUUGUUGAAUGAGUGUGCAAUACCCUUCCUCAUGUUUUAAACGGCAUUUAAUUUUAUCAUCUUUGUAUCAUAUUUCAUCAUCUUCCUCGAUAUUCUGUGAAAUAUAGUACAUGUAUAAGGUGCGCUUUUCUUAUUUUUACAUAUCUGAUUUUUUACAAGCAAUUCAUAAACUUUAUCGAUUGCCUAUUUUAAGGGACAUAUGAUAUUUGUUAUUCAUUCCGGAUCCUUUGAAUCUGCAGGAAACCAUUUCCAUAGAGAAAGUGUAAUCAAAUAACCGGAUAUUUUACAUCUAAUAAAAGUUACUAUUAUGCUGAAUGAAUUUAGGAAUACUCGUCAACAGACAUCAAUUCCACUGGUUGUAUCAACAGGCUUCAUUUACAGUACUUAAGUAUCUAUCAUUUAUUUAAAAGCAAUUUGAACCAUGUGUCUGAUACCAUAUUAACAUGAUUUUACAUUCAUGAGAACUUACCAUUACUUUGAACAAAUUUAAUAUCGUCCUGCUUUUUGAUGUGCACGACACCCUUACUAUAUAUACUACGAGCGGAGAACGGAGACCUUGAUGGGCUGGAUAAGAAAGAUAGACUUUAUUUUGUUACCUCUGAUAAUGAUUGCUUGUGAUAACUUUACUGCAAAAUAUGUGGAAAUAAACAUGUUUCUUUAAUAUACUAA